AUGAUACAUUUUGAAGGAGCUGUUACCUUAUGGCGUUUCCUUUUAACCAUAGGGCCUAGUGCCAUGGUGUUUUUUAUGCUCUUAGAGGGUAUACGACAACAACGUCCCGAUAUUGUGGAUGCAGAAAAUCGUGUUCAAUCCAUACAUAUUAUGGAUUUACGUGACAGCUACGAUUUCAUUAUAGUGGGCGGUGGUUCAGCCGGUUGUGUUUUAGCUGCCCGUCUCUCGGAAGUUAAACAUUGGAAUAUUUUACUUUUAGAGGCGGGUGGAGAUGAACCCACAUUUGCCGAUGUCCCACAACUUUAUCCGAUAUUUCAACGCAGCCCCUGGGAUUGGAAAUAUAAAACGGAAAAAUCUGAUCGUUAUUGUUUAGCCAUGCAGAACCAACAGUGCGGUUGGCCUAGAGCCAAAAUGUUAGGUGGUUGCAGUUCUAUCAAUGCCAUGCUGUAUAUACGUGGUAAUCGUAAAGAUUAUGAUCAUUGGGCUGAAUUGGGUAAUGUCGGUUGGAAUUAUGAUAAUGUUUUACAUUAUUUUCGUAAAAUGGAAGAUAAUCGUAUAGCGGAAUUUCAACAUGAUCCUUAUCAUGGUCAUGGUGGACCAUUAACGGUGGAAAAUUAUCGUUUUCCUUCGCCUUUGUUGGAUAUUUUCUUAAUGGCGGCCAAACAAUUGAAUUUGCUGAAUCCCUACAAAGAUUUUAAUGGCCGCUCCCAAUACGGUUUUGCUGCUCCCCAUGGCACUUUACGUGACGGACUACGUUGCAGUGCCAACAAGGCCUACAUUAGGCCCAUAUGGAAACGACCCAAUUUAGAUGUAUUACUAAAAGCCUUUGUAGAGAAAGUAAUCAUAGAUCCAUAUAGCAAACAGGCUAAGGGCAUAACAUUCAAUUGGUUGGGUGUUAAGUACAAUGUAAAAGCCACACGCGAAGUUAUUUUAUCUAGUGGAGCCAUAGCUAGUCCUCAACUCUUAAUGGUAUCGGGAGUGGGGCCCCGUAAACAACUACAGCAACAUGACAUAGAGGUUAUACAUGAACUGCCCGGUGUGGGUGGUAAUCUUCAAGAUCAUAUUUCGGCUACAGGUAGUUUAUACACCAUAGAUAAUAGGGUAACUGGAGAUCGUUUAUCGUUUAUAGUGCCCGAAAUGUUAAAUGCCAAAUCAGUGGAUUCAUUUCUUCAUCAUGCCGAUGGUUUCUUUUACGCCAUGCCUGUAUCAGAGGUUAUGGGAUUUUGGAAUAGUAAAUAUCAAGAUCCCAGUAAAGACUGGCCAGAUGUACAAUUUUUCUUGGGCAGUUAUGGCUAUGGUGCUGAUGGUGGUCUUAUAGGCAGGCGAGGGGCUGCCAUGACCAUGAUUAACUAUGCCCAAUCAUUUGAACCGAUAUUAUAUAAAGAUAGUUUUAUUAUUACCCCCUUAUUGAUGAGACCAAAAAGUCGUGGUUGGCUGGAAAUUACCUCGAAAUAUAAUAGUGAAUAUCCGAAAAUAUAUCCCAAUUAUUAUGAUAAACCUAUAGAUAUGGCGAUUAUGGUGGAUGCCUUAAAAUUUUCCCACCAGUUCAGUCAAGCUCCCAUCUUGAGACGUUUAAAUGCUACUCUCAAUAUUUAUGUUUGGCGUAAUUGUCCUCAUGUGGAGUAUUUAAGUGAUGCUUUUUGGGAGUGUAUAGCUCGCUUUUAUUCUCAGACAAUUUUUCAUCCGGUAGGCACCUGUAAAAUGGGUCCCAACAAUGAUCCUAAUGCUGUGGUAGAUCCACGCCUAAGAGUUUAUGGCAUUAAAGGUUUGAGGGUAAUAGAUGCCAGUAUUAUGCCCACCAUUACAACGGGUAAUACAAAUGCACCCACAUUAAUGAUUGCCGAAAAAGCUGCCGAUUUGAUUAAAGAGGAUUAUUUUCAUUAUAGACAUUAA